AUGAAGAAGAAAAAAAGAAGACAUACCACGGCGGAAGGAGAAGCGACCCUUCUUUCGGAGAAACGAGAUCUCUCCGAACGAAGCCAGGCUCGCAACGAAUCAUGGGCUGACGCGGGGACAUACAGCUGCUACCAAGUCUCCGGUGCGAGGUCGAUCACCCGACUGCUACAGCAGCGAUCUUUUGCAAAAAUGGACAAGCGCGCGCACGAUGGCACUGUGUUCAAUUUGCCAAUGGGCCGGGCUCAAGCCGGAACUCGCGAACAUACCCACACACAACCUGCCGCCCACAUCAACCUGGCCGGCCAAGCUCUCUCCCCACUCUCUACAUCUCUUUCAGACAUGCCCGAGCCGAUCAAGAUGCUUUACCUCCCAGAGACCAUGGCCAACUGGCCAUGGCCGAGGAUGAUCAACCCUUACUACGAAGAGGUCAAGGCAGCGUCGAACGCAUGGUUCAGAAGCUUUAACGCCUUCAAGCCUGAAUCACAACGCGCCUUUGAUAAAUGCGACUUCUGCCGAUUAGCAUCUCUCGCGUAUCCAUGGAGCAGAAAGGAACAUCUUCGCACCGGAUGCGACCUGAUGAACGUGUUCUUCGUAAUUGACGAGUACACGGAUGUCGAAGAUGCAGAUUCUUGUCGGAUGAUGGUGGACAUUGUUAUCGACGCGCUGAACAACCCUCACAAACCUCGUCCGGAUGGCGAGAUAUUGUUAGGGGAAGUAACGCGGCAAUUUUGGGCUUUGGCCGUCAAGACUGCUUCGCCGAGCUCUCAGAGACACUUCAUCGAAAGCUUCACGGCAUACCUGGAGUCAGUCGUCUCCCAAGCCGCUGAUCGUGACAGCGGCGUCAUCCGCGAUGUCGACAGCUACCUCGCGAACCGCCGCGAAAACAUUGGCGCACGACCUUCGUACGUUCCAUUAGAGCUAGGAAUUGAACUCCCCGAUGAGGUGUUCUACCAUCCUGUCAUCGUCGAGUUAUCAAUCCACAUUGCUGAUCUCAUAAUCUUUGACAACGACUUAGCCUCCUACAAUAAGGAACAAGCCCAUGGGGACGACCAACAUAAUAUCCUGACGGUCAUCAUGCACCAAUACAACUACGAUAUCGACAAGGCCAUGGCUUGGUUGGCAGACUUCCAUGCCGAGGUCGAGACUAAAUUUCUCGAUGGUCUGAAGCGAGUGCCAUCCUGGGGACCUGCAAUCGACAGACAGGUCGAGGAAUACCUCCUCGGGCUUGCAAACUGGCCGCGAUGCAACGACUGCUGGAACUUCGAGAGCGGACGUUACUUUGGUAGCAAGGGACUCGAGAUCCAGAAGACGCGGACGGUGCAGUUGAUGCCGAAGAAAGUAAACCACGAUCGUGACCGUCGGAGAGAAGACGUCGACGUGCCUUUGGUGGAUAUAUGA